GCGGUAGGUAGAUAAGCGGCCUGCCUGCCUGCGAUAGGUGAAUAAGCUGUCUGCGGUAGGGGCCGUCUGAUCUGAUCGGGGGUUCCAAUCCCUCGGCAGGUUUGGAUAAGCUGAGGUGGAUGGAACGAAGACGUGAGGCGUGUGAAUGGCAAUUAAGGAACCAAACCGAGUGAUGCCGGCUAUAUUAUAUGCUGAGGUAGACUGAGCAGACGCUUCGCGCGCCGUCUGAUCUGAUCGGGGGUUCGAAUCCCUCGGUAAGGUGAGGCAGGCGGAUAUGCUGAGGUAGGUUUACAAGGUUGAGGUGGAUGAACUGUGCUAUGGAUAAGCUGAGGUGGAUGGACCGAAGGCCGCGGGAGGUGUGAGUGUGACAUUAGCGAGAGCCGAAGCGUGUGAUGCCGGCUAUGCUGAGGUGGACUCGGCAGAAGCUUCGCGUGUGAUCUGAUCGGGGGUUCGAUCCCUCGGUAAGGUGAGGUACGCGGAUAUGCUGAGGUGGGCGGAUGAACUGUGCUAUGGAUAAGCUGAGGUGGAUGGACCGAAGGCGGCGUGAGGUGUGAGUGCCGUCAAGGAGCCGAACCGUAUGAGGCCGGCCAUGCCGAGGUGGACUCUUCAGACUCUUCGGGUCUGAUCUGAUUGAUCGGAGGUUCGAAUCCCUCGGUCAGGUGAGGUAGGUGGAUAAAGCUAAUUCAGUAAGAUGGAAAGAUAAAGCUGAGGUGGAUGGAACGAAGGCGUGAGGUGUUUGAUGGCAAUUACUACGUAAGUAAUUAAGGAACCGAUUUGAAACACGGGAGCAAGGCUUGAGACUGCCCGUCUGGCAAACCAGAAACGACAACAGGCAAUCUGUCGGCUUGAUAUGCCGGCAAAUAGUCCCGGGAAAGAAAAAAAAAGGAAGUCGUAUAUGUAUGCACACAGAGGACUGCCCGUCUGGUGAACUGUAAGGCAGAAAGGGAGAAAAGGACAAGCUGGGGGCUGUGACAGGAUUGUUUCCGUUGGGCGUGUCAUGUAUAUUGUCAUAUAUACAAUGUUUAUGUCGCCAUAUUAAUUUGUUUGACGAUAUAGAUAUAUAUGUUUAUAUUGUCAUAUUAAUCUGUUUGACGAUAUAUAUAUGUUUAUAUUGUCAUAUGCGUAGUUGUACGUGUGUGUAUAUCGUCGUCAUAUUGUGACCGGUUUCAUAUAUGUACAUGUGUGUAAAUCGUAAUAUUGUGACUGGUCGGUGAAGCGUAGGCAGCAGAAAGGGAGACAAAGGAGAAGAAACGGGGGCCUGUGGCAGGGAGGUUCGUCGAAGAUUCGUCGAAGAUUCCCCGAAAGUUUCGUGGACUGAUAAGGAUAUAAAACAGAAAAACCGCAACAGGAGGUGAAAAGGGAGGGAGGGGUAAGAAGGCGGCCAAGCAAUCAAGGAUGGGCGGAGGAGGCUGGGCCAUUGCGCCUAUGCCCGCCACGUGUUCCAUAGAAGGCCGAAUCCAUCUCUGCUGGCAGGCUAAUCAGGAGGUGCAACGGCUGGACCAGCGAUGGCUUCUCAACCCGUAUCACUCUCCGUGCACCACUGUGCGCUUCCGUGCGAUGGCAGCCCGUCAUAAUCAUCAUCAUCGUUGUCCUCCUCCUCGUGGUCAUCCUCCUCCUCCUCCUCCUCCUCCUCAUCAUCAUCAUCAUCAGGUUGCUUCCCCCCGGCGGCAGAGGAGGGAUGCCGAUUCCGUCUCUCACUCCUCCGCUUUCGCCGCCGCACUGAGCGAUCGUGCGACUGACACGUGUCGGUCAAUCUUCAUCGGACGUGAAAAUGGCGGGCUGGUUGGGAGGAGGAGGAAAAGAUUGUCGCCGACGGAUCUCGAUGGACACGUGUCCUCUUGUGUAUCUUCAUCAGCUGAUCGUGGGACAGGUGGGUGUGCUUCUGUUCGUUCCCCCUCCUUGCCACGUCUGGCAGCUGCUGUCACGUGUCACUCGCGCGGCGUGCGCUUUUCUUCCCUUUGCAAUCGCGGCAAUAAGGGGUGGGGAGGGUUUCGCGUGGAUGGACAAGCAGCAAGUGACGCAGGCAGUGGGUUGUUAGCGACCCGACGGGGGAUGCUCGUAGGCCGUUCUGGGUCCAGGAAAGUUUUCCACGUGGGGGGGGAGGAUCGUCAAGAGACUGCCACGUGGCGACAGCGGAAGCAUUGCCAUUGGCGGGUACGAGACUUGCGAGGAGGAGUGGAGGAAGUGGGGGGGAGCUGUGGAGUGUGGACGGCCGCUGCUGCUUCUGCCGACAUCAGUGGAAGAAGGGAUGAUGAGAGAGAGGACGCGAGUGAAAGGAAGAAGAGAGAACAGGUGGAUGGAGUAGAGAAGGAGGAGGAGGAGGAGGAGGAGGAGGAGGAAGAAGAAGAAGAUGUUUAUGCGAAUGAAGAGGCUAUGGUGGAGUCGGAGGCGCGACUACAGCGGCUGGAAGUGCUUCUGCUGCUGACUAGACUUUAUCGUGACGUGGCCAAGUCUGAGUGGGCGUUCGGAAACCCAAUUCCAGAGGUGAUGUCGGAGGAGAACAACGGCAAGGAAGACAGCAGAGGAGGGAGGAGGAUCAAGGGAUGGAUGGCACGUGGAUGGCUGGUGAAGGAGAAAGGAAAAGAGCAUCUCUUUGUGUCCAGCCCCGUCGAAGUGCUUGAUUACGUGGAGGGCAUCAGACACCUGGCAGCGGAUCUCAAACUGGACCUCAGAAACGUCGACGGCCUUCUGCCUGUCGUAUUCCAGAGCAUCAUCAACUACUGCGUGAUUGUAAACAUGGAUGACAUCUUGGUGUAUUCAAGUUCCUACGAGGGACACGUGCAACACAUCGAAUGGGCACUGCAUGCGUUACGAGAUGCAGGUUUCAAGGUGGUGCUUGAGAAGUGCCAGUUUUUCCUCACCACCAUUUCUUUCCUGGGGCACGUGGUGACAGACAAGGGACUCCAACCGGAGCCGCAGAAGGUGGCAGCUGUCAGGGACGCGCCCGUACCUACCACCAUCAUGCAAGUUCGCGCCUUUCUGGGCCUAGCCUCGUAUUACCGAAGAUUUAUCAAGGGCUUCGCGGCGAUUGCGGGACCCCUCACAAAUCUCCUGCGCAAGGAUCAGGCGUUGAUCUGGACGCCGGAGUGCGAUCAAGCGUUUUCCAAACUCAAGGCUGCUCUCAUUUCGGCUCCGGUCCUUAUAAGACCGGGUCCCGAAAAACCUUUUGUUCUCAUCACUGACUGGCAGCCAGAGGCGAUUUCGGCGAUUCUUGCCCAGGUGGGACCGAGCGGACUCGAGAGUGUGGUGGAGUAUGCGUCCAAAUCAGUGCCCGCCUGCAAGCGCAAUUACGCCGCUCCAACGGGCGAAUGCUAUGCGGCUCUCUGGGGGAUCGGUCACUUUCGUGCUUACCUGAACGGGCGAAAAUUCACCCUGGUGACUGAUCAUGAGCCCCUGUUGGCUCUGAAGAAGUCGAAGGAUUACUCGGGCAUCAUCGGGCGAUGGGCAACGGUGUUGCAGAGCAUGGACUUUGACAUCCGCCAUCGGAAGCACGAGAGACACGGGAAUGCGGACGGACUGACACGAUUACACCGGCCUGAGAAAGUUCCGAAGAAUGAGGAGGUGAUUCCGUGGAACGAACCCGAACAGGAAAUUGGACCUCGGUACGACCAAGUGGAGAUCUUAUCGAAGCAUUCCGCAUCCCUUCCAGAGGUGACGUGGACGGGCACUAGCGAGCAUCCCACGUGGAUCGAGAAUCCAGAGCUGUUGAUCAUACAGGGUUGGAGGGCUAACGCGGAAGGAGAUCUUAUUGGAUUCCUCUUUGGAUCGGUACAACCGGGUCGCCGUCAGUUGAUUGCACAGGAGCUCAUUGCACCGAUCGUGCAAUUGGCGGACGAUCUCUCGCCCGACAUCUACUUUCAGAGUGACAACAUUCCUGCUUCGUACAUUUUCGAACCAUCCCUGGAUCCGUACCUUCAGUGGACUUCGUGCUUGGAGGAACCUAGGGACGAGGAUACGGUACCAUCGCGGCAGGAGUAUCUGAAGCCGUACGAGAUCAUCCCUUACGCCUUCUACCCGAAGGCAGAAGAAGUGGUGAUCGACGAUGAUGACGACAAAGAAGAAGAUGGCGACCCUGCAGCUGCCACCUCAAGUACGGCGCGCCGGAGACGGCGCCGAUCCCCCUCCUCCUCCAGCCCCACCCGUCCCUCAGUUCGCCCACGUGCCGAUGUGGGCGAUAGACCUUCGUCCUCGGACGCUGUCCCGCCGACCCCUUGAUUUCCUCACCCUCCAGCAUAUCCGUACCCCCGUCACCUUCCCUCCCCAUCCCUUUCAUCCCCAUCUCUUCCGCGA